UCCCGAAACAUUUAUUUCUUCUUUGUUCUCCCUUUGUUUGCGCGCCUUCCCCACGUUCGCGCCUGCCUUGCGAUUUCGCCCGUUGGGAAGAGGCAAUCAUCUCAAGCCUUGCCCGCUUUGUCUUCUGCAAAUCUCUUUGCCAUCUGGUGACCAUCACCAGAUGUGCAAUCACACGAAUAGAUAUGGAUGGCCCUGCCCGCCAUGACAGCAUUCCUCCUGUUGCCGACGACAUCGCUCCUACUACCGUCGACCCGUCCGACCCCGAGUCGAGUCAGCAUCAUACUCUAAAGUACCAUCUCCUGGGUCCAUCCCUCACAAAGUCCGGCCAAGAUGAUGUCGACCAGAAGAAAGUCUCCGAGAUCAUAUACGAGGCGUCCAAAGGCAGCAAGUUUUUCAACAACGAAGAGGUCAAGGACAAGAACUUGACCAUCAAGAUCAAUCGCAUCCUCGCAAAAAAGCGCCAGCUCGACAGAAUUGACUUGACCCACGACCUACGCAAGGCCGAUGAAUACGUACAAAAGCUCGAACUGAGCCGCGAUCUGACACAGACCAUUGUCCAUGUCGAUUGCGAUGCCUUCUAUGCCGCUGUCGAGGAGUUGGACCGCCCUGAUCUGAAGGAUGUGCCGUUCGCUGUUGGAAAGGGUGUCCUGACAACAUGCAAUUAUCAUGCAAGAAAACAUGGCUGUAGGAGUGGAAUGGCUGGAUACAUUGCCGACAAGCUCUGCCCACAGCUCAUUCACAUUUCGCCCAACUUUGAAAAGUACUCCGCCAAAGCAAAGGAGAUACGUGCCGUGCUGGUCAAAUACGAUGCCCGCUUCGAGGCUGCCAGUGUCGAUGAAGCCUAUCUGAACAUCACACCAUACUGCGAAGAACACAACAUGGAUCCAGACGACGUCGUACAACAGUUGCGCGCAGAGGUACACGAACAGUGUUUGGUCACUGUCUCAGCUGGUAUUGCUGCAAAUGCGAAACUUGCAAAGAUCUGCUCGAACAAGAACAAGCCUAAUGGCCAGUUUAGACUGCCUUCGGAUCGCGCCAGCAUCAUGUCAUUCAUGAAGGAUCUGCCCACCCGCAAAGUCAAUGGUAUUGGCAGAGUAUUUGAACGUGAACUUGAUGCUAUCGGUGUCAAGACUUGCGGUGACAUCUUUGCUCAUCGUGCGUACAUGUCCAAACUCUUCGGCGAGAAAGCCUUUCAAUUUCUGAUGGCCGUCUACCUCGGACUCGGUAGAACGAAUGUUCAGCCUGCAGAGGAGUACGAACGUAAGAGCGUCGGUACCGAGAGUACCUUCAAAGAAAUGUCAGAUCCACAGCAACUCCGAGACAUGCUCCGCCAUGUCGCAGAAGAGCUGGAGAAAGACUGUGAAAGAACCCAAUUCAAAGGCAGGACCCUAGUCUUGAAAGUGAAGUUGCAUACAUACGAGAUCCUAACACGCCAAGUCGCUCCUCCGAAAGCAGUUCAUCAGACUGACGACCUAUACAAGUUCGCCUUGCCUAUGCUUGUCAAGCUGGAAAAGGAGAUUCCCAAAUUCACUCUGCGUCUCAUGGGGCUGCGGCUCACGUCACUAAUCAGCAUGAAGAAAAGCAAUAUCGACUCAUUCUUUACGCCUAAACCGCAGUCUGUAGCGAGAAAGCCGUUCAUGCCUGCCGGCGAAGGCGAAUGGGAACAAUGGCCUGACUCGGAAUUCGAAGAGGCCGCGCGCCAAGAGAAGCAGGAUGACUUCGACACCCUUGAGAAGAUGAGUCAGGAAUACAAGAAAGAGUACAAUAAUACUCCGAAACCAUCGGCGGCUGCGCACGCAGGUACAAUAAUAGCCAGUGUUCCUGCAGCGAUACCUGAAGACAAAGGCAAAGAGGAACAAGAAGAGCAGGAAGAGAGAUGGGACUGUCCUAUCUGUAGUCAGCCGCAGUCUGCUGACCCUGUGCUUUUCAACCAGCAUAUAGAUGGAUGUCUCUCGAAGCAGGUAAUAAAGGAGAUUGUUCGUGAAAACGCGUCUCCGUCGGGUUCGCCGCAGCCAGAGAAAGCCUCUGGGCUUGGGCAAGGCAAGAAAAGAGGCCGACCAAAGGUGGCAGACCCACAACCGAAGCGGCCCAAAAGCGCCUUUUUCUCGCGAUGAUGCCCACUGUAUAGACAAAUUUUAGCUUUUCAUGAGAUAUCCCGUUACUUGCAAUCUGACUGCUAUACCAAUAUAUCGCAAGAUUA